UGCGAACGGAAUCAGGUUAGCGAAAAGUAAUUCCCCAAUCUACGUCACAGGAUAAGAAUGCGAUUUUAAAAUUUUCCUACUAGCCUUUGAAGCAUCGCACGCUGUGGUAAUGUCGUAGAUGAUAUGAUAGCCACCAUCGCCGUGUUCCCUUUACCAAUCGAACAAGGCUAAUAAUUUGGGAUUGGUUAGGAGAAUGAUAAUGAGCCGCUUUUAGAGGGUUGUUACCGGAGUGGGGACGGGGAUCCUAGAUAAUUGCCCCAUCGCCAUAAGUCGUAAAUUGAGAAAGAUAUGUGUACAGCGACAGCGACAGCGAGCCGCUAGUUCGCUUUACGGCUUCGUCAUUGCCACAGUAGAUAUUUACACGAAAAAUACUUCAAACGAAACAAAAAUCUUGGGGUUUGCUAACCGAGUUAAGUUGUAAAAUUCUAGGCCCUUAAAUUAUGUCAAUCCUGAGUUAAACACAGCGAAAUCACAGUUUUUGGUAAUUAAAGAUCAAAUUACCCUUGUGUGUGCCAACCGAUUUCCACUGUACACCGCUUAUGUUAGUCACCGCUAUUGGCAUUGCGCCUAUGCCUCUUUCUCUGCCUAUCGCUCUUGCGCUCUUUGGUGGGCCCCCAGUUCGCUUAAAUCGGCGACUCCAGCGGUGGUCUCCAGUUCAUUCGUUCAUCAGCGCUGAGUGCUGCCGUUCAAGCGUUCUACAGUCCAGCUCUUUAGACAGCGGGACAUUCUCUUAGCUCGAGCCUAUCCUUUUCGGCAAUACCUGAUUUCGUGGCGCCGUCGGCUCCUAUCAGUCCAAGUGCAGCAACCAGAGUCCCAGCACCACCAUGUCCACCGAAGCAGAGGCCUCCUCCCCGGAUUGGGAGUACACCAGCGCCGUCGGCGUGGACUGCAACUACGCGGACCUGAAGAACAACGAGAUGAAGCAGGUGGACUUCGACGAGGACAACCGCGUGCUGCUGGUGAAGCAGAACGACCGACUGCUGGCGGUGGGCGCCAAGUGCACCCACUACGGAGCCCCGCUCCAGACGGGCGCCCUCGGGCUGGGCCGCGUCCGCUGUCCCUGGCACGGCGCCUGCUUCAACCUGGAGACCGGCGACAUCGAGGACUUCCCCGGCCUCGACUCGCUGCCCUGCUACCGCGUGGAGGUGGGCAACGAGGGCCAAGUGAUGCUUCGCGCCAAGCGGUCCGACCUCGUCAACAGCAAGCGCCUCAAGAACAUGGUGCGACGCAAUCCCGAUGACCAGCGGGUGUUCAUUGUGGUCGGCGGCGGGCCGUCCGGCGCCGUGGCCGUGGAGACCAUACGCCAGGAGGGCUUCACCGGCCGCCUGAUCUUCGUAUGCCGCGAGGACUAUUUGCCCUACGACCGCGUCAAGAUCUCCAAGGCCAUGAGCCUCGAGAUCGAGCAGCUGCGCUUCCGCGACGAGGACUUCUACAAGGCGUACGACAUCGAGCUGUGGCAGGGAGUGGCCGCCGAGAAGCUGGACUCGGCCCAGAAGGAGCUGCACUGCAGCAACGGCUACGUGGUGAAGUACGACAAGAUCUACAUCGCCACCGGGUGCUCCGCCUUCCGACCACCCAUUCCGGGCGUGGGUCUGGAGAAUGUGCGCACUGUCCGCGAGCUGGCCGACACCAAGGCCAUUCUGGCGGCGAUCACUCCGGAGUCGCGCGUCGUGUGCCUGGGCUCCAGCUUCAUCGCCCUGGAGGCGGCCGCCGGCCUGGUCUCCAAGGUGCAGAGUGUCACGGUGGUGGGCCGCGAGAACGUUCCGCUCAAGGCCGCCUUUGGCGCCGAGAUCGGCCAGCGGGUGCUGCAGCUGUUCGAGGACAACAAGGUGACGAUGCGCAUGGAGAGCGGCAUCGCGGAGAUCGUGGGCAACGCGGAGGGCGCGGUGAGCGAGGUGGUGCUGGUGGACGGCACGCGGCUGCCCUGCGACCUGCUCAUUCUGGGCACCGGCUCCAAGCUCAACACCCAGUUCCUGGCCAAGUCGGGCGUGAAGGUGAACCGCAACGGCUCCGUGGACGUCACCGACUUCCUGGAGUCCAACGUGCCGGACGUCUACGUGGGCGGCGACAUAGCCAACGCCCACAUCCACGGACUGGCCCACGACCGCGUGAACAUCGGCCACUACCAGCUGGCCCAGUACCACGGACGCGUGGCAGCCGUAAACAUGUGCGGCGGCGUCAAGAAGCUGGAGGCCGUGCCCUUCUUCUUCACCCUGAUCUUCGGCAAGGGCAUCCGGUACGCCGGCCACGGCUCCUACAAGGAGGUCAUCGUCGACGGCAGCCUGGAGGACUUCAAGUUCGUGGCGUACUUCAUCAACGAGGCUGACACGGUGACGGCGGUGGCCUCCUGUGGCCGCGACCCGGUCGUGGCCCAGUUUGCCGAGCUCAUUUCGCAGGGCAAGUGCCUCGGACGAGGCCAGGUCGCCGAUCCCGCCACCAGAGAGGAGUGGACCAAGAAGCUCGGCGAGCCGCUGCCCCAGGUGCGCUAAAAACCGCUAGGAACUCCGUGUGUAUUACCAUUGAGAUUUGUUGUUAAAUAUCCAUGCAAUCGUUGAGUAUUCAUUACAUGCUCGUAUGCAACGCACUGAAAGGUGUCAUCUUAUCUGUGUAUAUUGAUAUUUGUAGUUCGGGGGAAGCUCCUAGAGUUCCUGCCGCGUUUGCCGCUUUUGGCGCACGAUGAAUGCUUUUUAUCCCCUUGCCACAAAUGUAUUUUUUUAAGUCAUGUUGGAUUAUUUUUGCUAAAUAAAGUAUUUUGACAGUGUAA